GCUGCUCCUACAACAACCACAGCUUCUCCUACAACAACCACAGCUGUUCCAAAAACAACCACUGCUGAUCCAACAAUAACCACUGCUGCUCCUCCAACUACCCCAGUAAUCAACAUAACAGCUCCUUCAACUACCCCAAUAAUCAACACAACAGCUUCUCCAAGUACCCCAGUACUCAAUGCAACAGCUCCUCCAACUACCACUGUAAUCAAAGCAAUAUCGUCUCUAACUACCCCAGCAGCAAAUUCAACUCUAGCUACAUUAGCUCCGGUAACCAAUUUGACCACAGUACUAUCUACCCCAGUGCCAACUACCAUGUUAGCAACUACCCAAGUGCCAACUACGAAGGCAGCCCCAACAACAGAGGCGCCACUAACCAGCCCUAAAAUUUCACUGCAGUUCAGCCUGACACGUAUCUUCACUAGCUCUUUGAGCAACAGCAGUUCACCAGAGUUCCAGGAUUUGGAAAGUCAAGUGGUUACACAGGUAACUUUCAUUUGAUUUCAUUUGACCAUAGACAGUGUCCUUAGUUGUCUUGAAAGGCGCUUCAAAAAAUCAUAAUCAUGAUCAUCUUCAUCAUAAUUGAUCAUAUGGCAUAUUGAAACCACCCUUACAUUGAUGAAUUGUUAACGUAAUAUAACUUAUAAUUCUUUAUCCAAUGUUUUUCAGCUGAAUAAUGUGUACAAGGCUAAAUUUGGAGCGAGCUUCAUUCGAACUGUUGUCAAUAGUUUCCGGUAGGUAACUUUGGAACAGUGUGGAUUAUGGAGAAAAAUAAGAUUUCUACAAGCAUUUUUAUUUAGUAUGCUUUGGGAGGGGGUUUGUUACUGAAGUAAAGCUAGCAAAAGAUCAACAUUUGUCUCAUAUUAUUUUCAGGUCAGGAUCAAUUGUGGUGGAUUCUACGUUGAUAUUCAACAACAUCAGCUCAGUGCCUAACAAUAGCCUGGCAGCACAAACUUUACAAAAUGCCAUUACUUUCAACACUUCUGGCCUGACCUUGCCUGUCAAUUCAUCCUCCAUUGUGGUUACACGUAAGAAAAUUCACCAAAACAUCACUUUACUUACUUAUUCUCACACACUCAUUUAUUGCAAUAUUUAAACAUUACAUUGAAUGUUGCAAUUUUGCAGGCACUUCUACAAUAACUACUGCAGCUCCAACCACAGCUGUCACCACUGCUUCAACAACUGCAGUGGCCACCACCGUCACUCCGGCAGCAGUCACCACCACCACCGUCACUCCGGCAGUGGUCACCACCACCACCGUCGCUCCGGCAGCGGUCACCACCACUGCUGUCGCAUCAACUGACCCUCCAUCUUCUAGUGAAGGAACCCUGAGUCUUCGGUUCAGCCUCGACCAGACAUUCACCUCGGAUCUUGCCAACUCGUCCUCUUCAGCAUUCAAGGCUCUGGCUGGCAGAGUGGUCUCGGAGGUAAGUAUCCAGAUCCCUUUUCAUCAAUAUACACCACACAAGAGAGACUGGUAUGAGUGGGCAUCCUAUUGUUAGUUAGAACCAAAGAUUAUUCAGUACAAAGAUAUCGUACUCUGGGACCUCCCCAUUUAGAACAGUUUCCAGACUAUUUUAUGGUCUUUUUAGUGGACAUGAACCCUUGUGCCUGCCUAUGAACCCUUGUGCCUGCCUAACCACUGUUAUGGGCAACAGAGAGUGCAAUGCGCACAACAUGGGAAACAUUUACAGUUUUGCAUGUCAGUAAUCAAGUCUUCAAGAUAUAUAACUUUUAAAAUGCAGAAAUACAGCCAGUAUGAUGCAUUUUGCAUCAUAUGAAGCAAACACAGCAUCUUAUGAUUCAAAAUGGAUCAUACUGGCUGUAUUUCUGUAUUUUGAUAGUUAUAUAUCUUGAAAACGUGAUUGUUGACAUGGAACAUUUUGGGGGACUAUAUCAACAAUGGACUAAUGAAACAAAUACCAAAAGACCGUUUUUGAGUGGCGUUUUCCUUUAACUUUUACAUUUGAAGUUUGGAGCAACUUCGAAAUUUGACACUGUACAGCAUGUCAGCACUCAUGUAUAGCAUGACACAUUUUCCUUUAAUUAAUGGUUAAGGUUUUGGACAGGGUUAAAACAGUACGCUUAGGCAUUCAUUCCGAAAGGUUAAGUUAACGGUUAAUGUUUGGGAUAGAGUUGAAACAUAAACAUAAAAAACGAAUGUCUACUACUGGUAAUAAAUAUGCAACCUUCGAAUCCGGAGUCACGGGAUUAUGGGAUUUCCCGACGUCCUCAGGACAUGGACAGACGUCCAAUUUCAAAGUCAAUCUUGAGCGAUCUGUCUGGGUUUGCUUGUAUGACAUCAAAGCUGUAUUUAUUAUAAUCCUCAACAUCUCAUCUUUCAGAACACAUCAAGUCCUCUUGAUUUACAGCUUUCCCCUCUCAGACAAAAAAAAAUAGCAAAAGUAGCCCAAUUAGCGGGAGGGAUGGGGGCACCUUCUUGUAGCGCAUGGUGCUCACGUUUAGAACAUCUAUCAGUUGAAUCCCAUACUGCACUGUAAAGUGGAGACCCUAAGCUGAUGUUAUGUAUAGCUACGUUCCAAUUUAGGCACGUAUCAGUGACCAAUUCUGCCAUUUUCAACUCAUAUAUGGGUUGUGAGUGUAAAGGACUACCAUCUUGUUGUUCCAUUAUUUAUGUGAAUUAUGGUAUAGACACACCACACACACACUGAGGAAGAUGCAAUCUGAAAUGUAUUCCAUUGUGUGGCCAUGUUACUAUGACAGAAAAUUAAAACAAAGCUGUUUUGGCGCUGUGAGUUCUGGCCCUCUUUUAAUUUUUACGUGAAUUAUGAUAACCUUUGGUAAUCAAUCGUAUGGUAAUCUUUCAAUGCAGGUGAACAGGAUUUAUGCUAGCACCCCAAACUUCCUUCGUUCCAUUGUCAACUCAUUCACGUAAGUAUGAAUUCUCAUUACCGACUGACUUAAAAACUUUGCCGAUGACCGUGAUGAUGAUGACGAUGAUAAUGAUUAAUGUGAGUUGUCCAUUUUCUUUUCUUCUCCUGAGUAGGAGUGGAUCUGUAGUUACCAAAAUGACUCUCGUGUUCAGAAACCAAACUUCGGUUCCCAACGCAAGCAGCGCACUGGCAACUUUCAGUAACAGUUCCACCUCCCUGAGCAUCGUACCUGGCAGCGUCACUGUUGGUAAAUAUCCAUCAUCAUCAUACAACUAGACAUCUAUAAGAGAAAAGUCAACAUUUAAACAAAACAUUGAAAAGACAAUCCGCUUUUAUAAUUUACUGAACAAUAUCUAAAUUUGUCCUACUUUUUCAGAGUCAUCAGUAAAUUCGGGAAGUGCUCCCGGACCCACUACCUUCUGUCUGGCUGCCUUGCCUCUCACUUUGGCACUGCUAAUGAUACAACUGUUGUCUAGCUAAUAGCCUGUCAUAGCUGCUGUGGCAUUGGUUUAACCAAUUCACUGUUUCCCAGCUCUCAGAGAGAAAGCCUUAAAAUUAAUGACCUGCUUAGGCAUGAGAGUGCACAAUGGAUUUUAACCGUGUUAAUAGGCAAAAUAGAUAUGCAUUUUAUGUACAUUCCCCUACAUACAUACACAAACAAAAACACUACUAAAUGUACUUUUUGUUGCCAAAAUAUUUGUGACAUUCGUUAAGAAUUUGUAUUGUUUUUAUUUAUGAAUAUUGAUAUUUAUAGUAUUUUGAAUUAAGGGAUUAAAGAAAUUAAAUAUAUAUUUUUUUACAAACCAAUGCUAAAAUGUAUGUGACAAGGUUAAAUGCAUAUACCUUAUCUUUCAAUUGACUGUAUUUCCACUUAACCAUACAGGCUCCCGCUGACAUCAAUUACGUAUUUAUUUGUAUUAGGUACAGUACCUUGUCAGAUAUGCAUUAGAUUUAUUCUGAAAAUAACUGAAAGAUUAGAAAACCUUUCCGCAAAGUGUGACAUCCAAAUCCUAUUGUAUAAUUUGUUUGCUUUUUAAAAACAUUUUGAAUGUUUUUUUAAAUGUGUUAUUUGAUUUGUAACUAUAUUUACAUUUAAAUUCGCAAAUACCUUUAUGAUAUUUACUUUUAGUUAUUUUGGGCAUAUCAUUAAAGCUUCAAAGUGGACGAGGAACUAAUAUGGGUCACUGCAAUAUUUUAAAAAUGUUGUAAAGCCUGGUUUGUACUUAUCCUGUUAUUAUUAAAUCUAAUAUAUUUCUUCAUUACUGUUUAAAUAUAAUUAUAUUUUGGAUCACAUGUAAUUGGGUUGAAUAAUUUGUUUACAAAACAUUUACAGUAUGAGUACUCAUGUGAGUAACACUUUACAAACAUGCACCCCAAAUUAUGUUAUGAACGGUCAUCUUAUAUUUAAAUACAAAUUACUUAAAUGAACUCCCCUCUCUUUGUGCAAUGUUAUCAUUGUGUAAAAUAUGCUGUUGGAUGAAAUUAAAUAAGCAGACGUUAACAUUUUACUGCAAUGAGCUUAAUCAAGGUCACACAUUUGUUUCUUGGUAGUCAAACAAAUCGACUUUGAAACAAAAGUAUACGCGUCACACACAAGGUUAUGGGCUUAAGAAAAAGAAGACACCUGUACCAUGU